AUGCAGCAGAUGCAGCACUAAAAUAAUUUAGCCAAUAACAAAUUUAGAGAUAUCUAAAUGAAUAAACAAAGGACUUAAAAUGUACAGAAUGGCUUGUUAAAAAUGCAAGGUUUGAUACCAGCAGCAAAGUAGAAAGAUUAUCUUGCCUCGAACAACUAGUAAAGAAUAGAAUUGGCAGAAAAGAAAAAAAUCAGGAGGAUGAAUCAUCAAAACGCAGAACAUAUUGCUUCAUUUAUUGAAAGAAGGAAACUUGAUGAAGAUCAAGAAAUCAUAGAUGACCCAUUUUAUAGAAAUAAUAGAUUAGAGAGGAAACUUCAUAAAUUUCUGCUGAAAAGACAAGGGAAGGACCAGAGAGAGAUGUAUCAAUAGCAGUCUAAUUAGCCCAAAGACUUUGAGGUGCAGACUUUAGGCUCAAACACUUCUAGCUUUUCAGAGUUAUCAUAUUAUGGUGAUGAAAAGUACUUAAAUGUUAGUCCAGAGACAGUAUUCGAAAACAAAUUUAGUAAUUCUUAUAUUAGCAGUAUCAAAACUGAUGCCUCUUCUUUAAAAGCAAAGAGGCCAACAUUAUCUACAAUAUCUGAUUUUCAACACUCGUUUGUAAAUGCUACAAACAGAUAGCCUAAUGAUGAAAAAUUCAAUUUGCUUAAAAAAACAUAAGCUGCUCUGUAAUCAAAAAUACAAAACAAAAAUUCUACAAUGUCUACCAAUUCUGGUCUACAGAAUCAGCAAACUUUUUCAUACAAUAAUAAUAAUAAUUUGGGUAAAAUCUAGCCAGGUGCUAAAUCUCUUUUGGUAACAUCUAUUUUGAAUAAAGUGGUACUUUCUAAGGCAGGGUAAACUCAACUCGCUAAUUUACAAAAUUCUAAAACUAAUGCUAAUCUUGGAGGGCUAACAUCUCUUAAUAGUUUAAGUAAAUAAUUGAAUAAAAUAAAUGAUGAUAUCAAUAACGAUGGUUCCUAGAGAGCUAUGUUAUCAACUCGAAAGAAAAACUCUACCCGAACUAAUAAAAUUAAUCAGCCUUAAAACUCGGUGUCAUAACCUGGAGGUGAGAAGAAUUUUCUGACGAUGCCAAUGAACAGUAUUUCAAAUGAAAGCUUUUAAUCUCGUAAGGAUCUAUCAUCUCCCAAAGAUGUUCAGGUAUCGACUUUUGACAGCAAAAAAAUUUAGAACAUGGUAGGCGAGGGAUUAGGUAAAAUAAUGUAAGGCUCGAAAAGAUUGUACGAAGUGGAAAAGAAAAACACCUUUAAUUCUUAAAACUCUAAGGGCUCAAAGAACUCAAAGAACUCUAAGAUAUCUAAUGCCUUUAUUGAUAAUCUACACCUGAACACAUAAAAUUCUACUGGCUCAAAACUAAGUAAAAUAGAGGAUUAAUAAAAAAGAAGCUUGAGUAUGGGUAGGAAAAAAACUCUAGCUAAAUAGGAUAUGAUUCCUCCCCUUAAUCUUUAGAAGACCUUGAAUAAUAACCAUAGAAAACACUCGAAAGAUGAAGAUUCAUUCACUAGGUAGAUAUAAAUGGAUGAAGCCAAUGAACUAAGGCAUGGUAUAACAGAUGAUCAACUUAUGCAAUUGAUUAAUCAUACUUAAACGCCUCCUGCUAAUGAAUACGAAGAAUUUCUACAAAAUAAUCAUCCUCAUCAUGAAUUACUUUUGGAUGAACAAGAUACUCACAUUGAUCAUAAUGUAUCUUCUCACUUUCAACCUUAAUCACUAAGUGCUCUUUCGAAAUACAAAAAUACUAAACUAUUUAGUGAGUAUAAUGAAUGGACUUAGCUAGAAUAAUAAAAAAGUAAUUAGGGAGAUCAUAAUGAUUACUAUUUCACCUCAAAAUUACUUGUGAGGCCGAAACCAAAUAAAUAUACUUUUCAAAAAUCAUUCAUAGAGGAAAAAACACCACCUUAUAAGCAAAAGAAAGUAGUAGAAGAAGGUAAUUUAACUUAAUAGUGGAAUAUUUUACGAACUGCCCAAAAUUCAGGUGCCACUAGCCCUUUUCAAACUGAUAUGAGCAGGAAAAUGGCUAGUAAGCCUUUGAGUAGGUUAACUGACUAUGUCAAUUCUUAGACUCCUUCGAUGUUUUAAAGCGCUAAUAAGCAAAAAGAAAUGAGUAGUGAAUAGAUUUUCGAGAUGAUAGUAUAAAAAGCUAUGAAUGGUGAAUAGAUUCCCUCAGAAAUAAUAGAGAAUUUUAGCAAAUACUAAUCUCAAGUAGAUAAAGCUAAAGAAUGA